AUGAAAACUUUGCUGCAUUACUUGUUCCUCCUCUGCUUCAAUAUCCUCCUCCCUGCAGUUCAAAGCCAGUGUAUUAAAGACCAGCAACAAUCGUUGCUCCAUUUGAAGAAAAGCCUUCAAUUUGAUCAACCUUCGUACUCAACCAAGGUUAUAUCUGGAAUUCAAGCACCGACUGUUGUUCUUGGCAGUCUCUUCCAUCUUCAACAUCUUCAAAGCCUCAAUCUGGCUGAUAAUGAUUUUGACUAUGGCACUAGCAUUCCAUCAGCAAUCGGAAAGCUUGUGAAAUUGAGGUAUCUGAAUUUAUCAUAUAAUAAUGGUUACUCCGGGAAAAUUCCCAUUGAGAUUUCAAGCUUGACAAGGUUGGUUGUCCUUGAUAUUUCCCUGUCAUUCCACUCCCUUGAGGCCCCGAAUAUAAGCAUCCUCUUUCAGAACCUCACAGAGCUUGCAGAGCUAUAUUUUGACGGUGUAUAUUUGCGAGCACAGGGAGCUAACUGGUCCCAAGCGAUAUCAUCUUCACUGCCAAACCUGAGGGUGUUGAGCUUGUUUAGGACUGGUCUUUCCGAUCCUUUUGAUCAGUCCCUUGCUAAGCUUCAGUCUCUCUCUGUUAUUCGAUUGGGUGGAUUCUUUGCCAACUUUUCCAACCUGAGGGUGUUGGACUUGAGUUGGAACAGUAUCUCCGGUCCAAUUCCAGGAUCCUUGGCCAACUUUUCAAACCUGAAGGUGUUGAACUUGAGUGGGAACAGUAUCUCCGGUCCAAUUCCAGGACUCUUUGCCAAAUUUUCAAACCUGAGGGAGUUGGACUUGAGACAGAACAAUAUCUCUGGUCCAAUUCCAGGAUUCUUUGCCAACUUUUCCAACCUGAGGGUGUUGGACUUGAGUUGGAACAGUAUCUCCGGUCCAAUUCCAGGAUCCUUUGAGAACUUUUCAAACCUGAGGAUGUUGGGCUUGAGUUGGAACAACAUCUCCGGUCCAAUUCCAGGAUUCUUUGCCAAUUUCUCAAAGUUGACUUCCUUGAGGCUCAGUGGUUGUCGGUUGAAUGGAACAUUUCCCAACGAGAUCUUUCAGGUACCUACUCUACAAACUAUUGAUCUUUCGGCUAAUUUUAAACUUGGUGGUUCCUUGCCAGAAUUUCCCAAGAAAAUUGGAUCUCUUCAGUCCUUGUCUCUAAGCAAGACAAACUUUUCAGGGUCACUGCCUGACUCCAUUGGCAACCUCAAAAUGUUGUCCACGAUAGAUCUUUCAAAUUGCAGUUUCCAUGGAUCAAUCCCCUCGUCGCUCUUUUCUCUUCCAUUAUUAUCACAACUAAACCUUUCCCACAAUCAAUUCUCUGGUGAACUUGCAUUUCUAAUGUCUCUUCCAACUUAG